CGACACCUUCGUGACACCUGCCGCCUCCACCACGGCGACAUUGCCUUCCGGGGAGACAGGAAACACGAUAGCGAGAGUAGGAGCCGAGUGCCCCACAACCGCAACUGCCCAACCCUCCCCCUCCUCAAUCCAGCAUUGAAGAUCAAAAUGGGACCAAAAAAAGACCACGUACCUAAAUGCACCGUAAACAACCUCCUGCCUAAUAGCGCUGGUGGUAGUACAGGUACUUCUCAACUGCAAGCAGUCGCAGAGACCCCAGUGCGAACAACAGAUCGAGACGAACUGCCACCUGUGCAACAGCCACCUGCCACCAGUAGCACUUCUACGAAAGUUAUAACAGCCAAACCGAAAAUAAGGCCACUGAUAGUGCGUGUGGAGAUUUGCCCUCAAGCUGAACAAAUGGCACGGCGCCUCCUUAGACAGAAACGUAAAAGCCAAGUUCUUGCCAACCAUUCCAAAACGGACCAAAGCAAGAUGGUUGAAAAGGCCAGAACGUAUGGGUUUACGAUAAAGAACAGGUGUAACAAUGAAGGCAAUCCAUUGACAUUCUGCGCCUACUGCAAAGAAAAGGUGACGCAUAAGUCACACUUCCAAAAGCACAAAGCUGAAAUUGAUCCCCGAAAGCUUCAUGCCUAUACAACAGGCUACUUCACAUCUGGAUUGAGAGGCCCGCUGCACAAAGGGACAGUUGUGCAGCUUCUGCAAGACUGGGUUAAGGCCGAUAAGCUCUGGGCCAACAUUGAUAAUUUACUGGCAUGUGUGGGCGUUGGAUUGGUUGAGGAAAGGUCAGAGGCGAUGCCAAUUUACGAUCUGGGAACAGUGUUUAAAAGGGGAUUUAGACCUGGAAUCUCCCUGAUCCACCAGCAGUUGCUUGAUGCCAACGUCGAGAUGGACGAGUCCUCUGAAGAUAUAGAUCUUGAUGAAGAUAUGGACCUUAAUUAAGGAUUUUCAAGAGUGCUCCGUGCUGCGAUAUACAUGCUCCCUAACGAAACUGAGUUGAUUGCCUGAACAAACUGUAAUGUCAAUUCUAUUUAAUAUUAUGUUUUACACCGUAUGCCAUAAAAAUACCAUAUUUAAUCUUUAUUAUUUUUUCUGUGUCAAACUCAUAUUUUGUUGGCCUGUGUUGUGUUGAACGUGUAAGGCACAUUUGUAGUAACCUUGUAGGAUUUAAAUAAAUUUGAACAAAUCUCA